AUGCAGAAGAACCGUCAGAAGAUCAUGGAGGAGCACGGCCUUCAAAGCAAAGACAUUGGUGACAUCGCGAAGAAGAUGGGCGAAGCUUGGAAGGCUAUGAGUGAUACGGAGAAGGCUCCUUAUACCAAGCUGGCUGAUGAGGACAAGAAGCGUUAUGAACGCGAGAAAGCGGCUGCUGGUGUAUAA